AUGGAAAGAAGCCAAGGGAGGUUAAAACAAGACCCGGCACGAGGGUAUGAAAACGCUAACCAGGACACUGGUGCCUUUGCCCUGCGGACACUCCGAGAGAGAUGGGCGGUUAUUGUUGCCCAACUCAUAGACUCACUUUAUCGAAAUCGAGUGUUUUUUAGCGAAACACUUGGUGUAAGUAACACUGAAUUAUUCAUCCUAACUGGCGCUAUUGGUCAACUGCGUUAUGAAUUCACGACAAAUAAACCUCUCACACUUCUUCACACAGACCUUAUAAAUCAAGAGGANCUUGAUACAUGGAACCGCAACCUUGAAGCACCAUCAUGGUACAAAUUACCCUGGCUUCUUACGGAAUGUUAUCUUUACCGCCGGAUAAUGGAUUGUGUAGCACUCACGUAUGUCAGGAUUUUUCUAAUGGACCGAAAAAUAUGGCUUGCAAAAGUCACAAUCCUUGGUUCUUACCCUUUUGAAUGCUUUGGAAGACCUGCCUUCCGAUCCCCGGGAGGCGCGGACGGAAUCUCUUUUCGAAACGUUUGUCCAUACCAAUGUGCACUACAAGCAGGAUUUCGACCAGGUCGCCGUUGUAUCGACCAAGGUUUCAUUGUGUCAGGUGCUCGAACUACGCCAUACGUACCGUCGACCAACAUGUACGUGAACAAACUCAGUUUCAGUUUCAGUUUGACCAUGCGCCAGUUUGGGUUGCUUUCCUUUGGCUGCCCAUUUGGAUGA